AUGCCGUCAAAACAAUUAUCGCUUGGACGAACUUCGAAAGCUUCGUUUAUACCGUCACAUGAUGUUUCAUUAGUUUCGUUAACAAAAAGCCGCAAAAAAUCCAUUAGAUCGAAAUCAACUCUUGAAGAAAAAACAACAGUUGAAGGAUCACGCUCUACGGUAACGACUACAUCACUUGACAGUAAAGAUAUUGUUCCCAGCUCAGAUCCAGCAAAUAAAUUAAUUUAUAAACCAAAGAAAAAAUAUGAACGACCUCCUAAUAUUAUACCAUUUCAUAUACCACAUAAAAAAUUAUUGGAGAAAAUUGAUCAUAAAAAAGAAUUACCGCAACCUUUGACAGGAUAUAGGCAAUUUCAGGAUAAAAUGAUGGUACGCAAAUUACCCUCACUUGAUAAAUCAGUUUCAAUUAGUGAAACACUAAAACCUGAAGAACCACCCAAAAAGGUUCAACGGAUGGAAUCAAUAUCACGGCACAUUUCAAGGGAUUCCAAACAAUCCAGAACAUCCUUCACAAUGAGUAGACCAUUUUCAUUAGAGCAUAUUCCAAGAAGAAAAAGGCCGAGUUGUAUUGUUGAUCAAGAACAACUCAUUAACAAAGUUGAAAAUGAUCCAGAAUAUUCAUUUUUUUAUAUGAGUUAUGCAGUUGAUAGGUCUUCGGAGUAUUUUAAUCCAUACGCAUUGAAAAUCGUAAAGUAUGAAGAAAUUGAUAAACAAAAUUUUCUAACAAUGAGUACACAAGCAGUUACCCAAUAUUAUGGCAAUGAGGUGUAUUAUACACCACUGGAUCAAUGGAAACAUGAGUAUGAAUUAUAUUUAAAAGUACAUGAUAUAAAAUUAUUUCGUUUGUAUCGUGAAUGGAAAGCAUUCUUUUUAUGGCGUAAGAGUAUCUUAUUUCGUAAAUUUAUGGCAGCUGCUUCAUUUUUGGAAGAGAAUUGCUAUAUUUUAAUACCAAUAUUGCGAGAUGCUUUAUUGUCAAUACAAGCGAUGUGUUUUAAAUUGGAAAGUGAAAUAGUAAAUACAGCUUUGCAUAACGAAUUACAAGUGCAAGGAUUUACUAUAGACGAUCGAAAUAUACUAAAUCCUCCAAUGCGUAAUAAAUCAGACCCACCACCUAAAAUGUCUUAUAUCGAACAAGCAAGAAAAAAACGUGUAUGUACGCGAUUGUCUCGUUUUGUAGAAUUAAUUGAUUUUCUAACCAUAAGUAUGAUACAUUCGUUAAUGAGGAAUUCAUUUGAAGACUUUGAGCGAGUACUUCGAAUACAAAUGGAUUUCAUACCAACCGAUCAACAAUUAGAAUCGACGGAUAUAAGUGCCGAAUAUAAAACGGAUAGAAAUAUUGAUCCAUUAUUUAUAUAUGAUGCAUUAAUGGAUGUUGAAAAAUUAUUUUUUGAUCCAACAAAAGAAUUAACGAAUGAUGCAUUCGUUAACAUUAUUAAUUACUGGGAUGAAGUUAUUAGGUUGAUUACACCAUUAUUAGAUAAUCCAUUGUAUGAUCCAUUUAUCAGUCCAAUGAUAAACAAUAAACAAGAGGAUCGUUUAAUUGGAUAUGGCCCUUCUUUACAAAUGGUAUUAGACGAUGAUAAAGAAAUGCAUCGCCUACAUGGAAAAAUAUUCGAAUAUUUUGAAAUUUGUUGGGCCGCAAUGGAAAAAUAUGUGCAAAGAUUUGAACCAAUUCGGUUAUUUUAUGCAGAAGAUGUUUCAGUGGAUAGAGAGAAACUACGUGCAAGUAAAAAUUUAACGGAGUUUAAAAAUAUGUUACAACGAUAUAAUAAUGAAUUGCAACAAAUUGGAACAAUUAUAAUUUCACAAGAUAUUGGAAUAUUCCGUUUAAAACUACAAGAGAUAAGGGAAGUUGCGUAUCCAGAGCCUAUUAAUUUGAUAAAAGAAAUUAAUGAAAUAUUACCAGACUCGCAUAUGAACGAUGACGCGAAAGUUGGACAAAACAAGAAAAAAGUAUCAGCCAUGAGUCGUACGGGGUUAGCUAAUUUUAAUGCCAUGGACAUAAAGCUUGGAAAUCAACAAAUUAAAAAAAUUAUGGAUGAUGUAGCUGCUGCUCAUGUUUAUUUAGAAAAAGAACCAAAAACAACUGCUGAAUAUGUUGCAUUAUUGGAAUACAUGGAUCAAUUAACAAUGAAAAUUGAUUUCCUAGAAGCAGAUCUAGAUUAUGCAAAAGAUUUAUAUGAUAUCACAGAUGAAUAUCAAAUUGCAAUUGAUAAUGAAGAUGUUGAAGCAUAUUUAAAUUGUGGACAAUAUAUAAAUGGAUUACGUAAUAUCUCAGAUCAAAUAAUUGAUAAUAAAGAGAAAGUGAUUGAUAAAUUAGGCAAUUGUAUUACACAUGAUUUUGAUGAAUUAAUGAUUGAAGUCACAAAUUUAAAAGUUGAAAUAUCUCAACCUUGGUUAAUAAACUCUCGUUCGGAUCCUAAAAAAGUAACCGAAACAUUACUUCGAUUGAAAGAAUCACUUGAAGAUUGUCAAAAAAGAGUUCAACAUUAUAAAAAAAUCCAAAAAACUUAUCGGCUGGAAGUAACACGUUUUGAUAUUUUGGAUCAAGCAAUAAGUGAUGUUAAACUACGCUUACUAUUAUGGGAUACGGUGCAAUCAUGGAACGAAGCAGUUGAGAGUUGGCAAUAUAACGUAUUUAGUAAAUUAGAUUUAGAAGAAAUUAGUGAUACAACACUUAGAAAUAUAAAAAAUGUCAACGCAUUGGAACGUGGCUUGCCAUUAAAUGAUCUAGUUCCAAGUUUAAAACAAAGUGUUGAAAUAAUGAAAGACAAACUACCGGUGAUCCAAUAUUUACGUAAUCCUUCACUGCGACCUCGUCAUUGGAUGCAAAUUGAAAAUUUAUUAAAACAUAAAUUUAAACCGGAUGAAGUGAUAACCUUAGAUUUGCUUGAAAGUUUAGAUUGUUUUAAGUAUCCAGAACAGUUAAUGGAAAUUGCUGGACAAGCUAGUUCUGAAUAUGCGUUAGAAGCAAUGCUUAAGAAAGUUGAAGAUAAUUGGAAACAAAUUGAGUUUAAUAUUUUGCCAUAUAAAGAUACGAAAGAUGUUUUCAUAUUGGGGUCAACAGAAGAAGUUCAGGUCUUAUUGGAUGAAAGUAUGAUUACAGUGAAUACAGUGGCAGCAUCACGUAAUGUUGGGCCAAUAAAACAUAAAGUUGAUGAAUGGGUACAAAAAUUGGACUUGUUUUCGAAAACUUUGGAUGAAUGGUUAUCUGUUCAACAACAAUGGAUGUAUUUGGAAGUUAUAUUUUCAGCACCCGAUAUUCAGAGGCAAUUACCAAACGAAUCAAAAAUGUUUCAAACCGUUGACAAAGCCUAUAAAGAAGUUAUGCGACGUACUGCUAAAAUUCCACUUGCCAUGCAAGCAGCAAUUAGUUCUGAUGUAUUAGAAACAUUUCAAAAUUGUAAUAAUCUAUUGGAUCAAAUUAUGAAAUGUUUGGAAGCGUAUCUCGAAGUGAAACGUGUCAGUUUUCCACGCUUUUAUUUUUUAUCCAAUGAUGAAUUAUUGGAAAUAUUAGCGCAAACACGAAAUCCACAUGCUGUUCAACCACAUUUACGAAAAUGUUUCGAUGCUAUUUCCAAAUUACAAUUUGGUUCAAAAGUAAUCGAACGAGAGAUCGAACCAUCAAUUGAUGAAACUCCGUCAGUGAUCGGUGAACCAAAAGUAGUUUUAACAAACGAUAUUGUGGCAAUGAUCUCACCAGAGGGUGAAGUUGUUGAGUUAGUGAAAGGUCUAAAAGCACGUGGUAAUGUUGAAAAUUGGCUUGGUCGUGUUGAAGAUGGUAUGUUUGUAAUUUUACGCAGAAAAAUGAAAGCAGCUAUUCAAGAUUAUAAAGAACAAACUAUUCAAGAUUGGAUAAGUUGCCAUCCAAAUCAGAUUGUGUUAGUUGUAUCUCAAAUAAUCUGGGCCAGUGAAGUGCACGCAAUUUUUGAUUCAGAGGGUGAUAAAGAUGCUCAAAUGGUUGCAUUCUUGGAAAAGAACUAUCAAGUGCAAUUUAAAUAAUUCCAAUUUCAAUUAUAGGGUCUGAAUCUUUUAGCUGACUUUGUUCGAAGUGACCUUAAUCCAAUUGUGCGAAAAAUAGUCAUAGCACUUAUUACAAUUGAUGUCCACGCUCGUGAUACAGUUUCUUUGCUAGUAAAUAACCAUGUACAAUCGAGUGAGGAUUUUGAAUGGUUGAAAAUGAUACGUUAUUAUUGGGAUAGAGAAAUUGAUAAUUGUUUGGCAAGAAUGUCAAAUGCUCAAUAUGUCUAUGGAUAUGAAUAUUUAGGUGUCGGUGGUGUUUUGGUAAUAACACCAUUAACUGAUCGCUGUUACUUAUGUUUGAUGGGUGCCUUGCAAUUGGAUUUAGGUGGUGCACCUGCAGGGCCUGCUGGCACAGGCAAAACUGAAACAACCAAAGAUUUAGCUAAAUCACUAGCUAUACAAUGUGUUGUAUUCAAUUGUUCAGAAGGUUUAGAUUAUCGUAUGAUGGGUAGAUUCUUCUCUGGAUUGGCACAAUCUGGUGCUUGGUGUUGUUUUGAUGAAUUUAAUCGUAUUGAUAUUGAAGUGCUAUCUGUAAUUGCACAACAAUUGAUUACAAUUAAAAAUGCAAAAACUGCUGGAUUAAAACGAUUUAUGUUUGAAGGACGUGAAAUUAAAUUGGUUCGCAGUUGCGCUGCUUUCAUCACAAUGAAUCCCGGAUACGCAGGACGUACGGAGUUACCAGACAAUUUGAAAGCACUAUUUAGACCUAUAUCUAUGAUGGUACCUGAUUAUGCUUUAAUUGCUGAAGUAACAUUGUAUUCGGAAGGAUUUGUAUCAUCAAGACUUUUAGCAAAGAAAAUGACACAAAUGUAUAAAUUGUGCAGUGAACAAUUAUCACAGCAAGAUCAUUAUGAUUUUGGUAUGCGUGCAGUAAAAAGUGUAUUAGUAAUGGCAGGAUCUUUGAAACGUGCUAAUCCAGAUAAAAAUGAAGAUAUUGUAUUGAUUAGAGCAUUAAGAGAUUCUAAUCUGCCUAAGUUUUUAGCAGAUGAUGCUUUAUUAUUUAAGGGUAUUUUGGGUGAUUUAUUCCCUGGCCGUGAACUACCAAUAGCUGAUUACGGCGAAUUUGAAAUAGCAAUUAAAUUUAUUCAGCAAGAGUUGGGAUUACAACAGGAAGACUGUCAAGUAAAUAAAGUUAUUCAACUGCAUGAAACGAUGAUUGUUCGUUGGGGUGUUAUGUUGGUAGGACCUACUGGCGGUGGCAAAACCUCAGUUUUAAAUGUUCUUGCUGGAGCUUUGACCAAAAUGCAUACAGAUGAAAUCGAAGGUCAAUAUUUCCAACCGGUUAAUCAGUUUAUUCUCAAUCCAAAAGCUGUGGCAAUAGGUGAAUUAUACGGUGAAGUAAAUAUAUUGACUAUGGAAUGGCGUGAUGGUCUUUUAGGAAUUGGAGUUCGAAAAGCAGUUAAUGCUGGUAAUAUGGACCACCAAUGGAUUGUUUGUGAUGGACCCGUGGAUGCUGUAUGGAUUGAAAAUUUAAAUACUGUUUUGGAUGACAAUAAAAUGUUAUGUUUGGCAAAUUCGGAACGUAUAAAACUUACCCCUUAUGUUCAUAUGGUUUUUGAAGUACAAGAUUUAUCACAAGCUUCUCCAGCCACCGUUAGUCGUUGUGGUAUGGUAUACAUAGAUCCAGGUGAAUUAAAAUGGUUACCAUAUGUAAAAUCAUGGCUAGCCAGAAUUGAAGAAACAAUUCUAACUCCCGACAUAAAACUAUACUUGUCGAAUAUAUUCCAAAAUUAUGUUGACUUAUGCUUUAAUUAUAUCCAAAGGCAUUGUGAGCAUGCUAUUAAUCAAGUUGACAUUAGCAAAGUUACAAUGUUAUGCAAAUUAAUUGAAAGUAUUUUACGAAUGCCAGGAAGUAUUGAUAAAAGUAUGGAUAAAAGUAUGAUCAUUACAUUUGUAUCUCAAGCAUUUGUAUUUUCUUUGCUAUGGAGUUUGGGAGGUAAUCUUACAGCAAAUACACGUGACAAAUUUGAGAUAUACCUUCGUGAAAAAUUAUUUUUGGAUUGGGAGGAUGCUGCUUUACCGCAAGUGGGAUCCUAUUGGCAAAUAUUUUUGAAUAAUGUGACCAAAAGAAUGGAAAUGUGGACAGUAUUAACACCAGAAUUUACUUAUGAUUCAACAAUACCAUUUUUUGAUAUGCUUGUACCAACUAUUGAUACUGUACGAUUCGGUUACAUAAUGGAACGAAUGUUAGACGUAAAUGCAUCCGUUAUGUUCACUGGAGAUACUGGUGUAGGAAAAUCUGUAAUUGCCAAAUCAGUCUUGAAUAAAAUUCAACAUGAUGGAGUAUGGAUUCCAGUAGUAUUUAAUUUCUCAGCACAAACAAGUAGUUUUCGAACACAAGAAAUGUUUGAAGUGAAGUUAGAAAAACGACGUAAAGCUAUAAUAGGUGCUCCUAUUGGAAAAAAGAUUGUUAUUUUUGUGGAUGAUGUAAACAUGCCAAAAUUAGAAACCUAUGGAGCGCAACCACCAAUUGAAUUACUACGACAGUAUUUAGAUUUUGGUGGAUUAUAUGAUCGAAAAAAAUUAUUUUGGAAACAAAUUGUGGAUGUAAUAAUAACAUGUGCUUGUGCACCUCCGGGUGGUGGACGGAAUCCAUUAACACCACGAUUUGUACGACAUUUUGGUAUGCUUUGCAUACCUCCACCCAACGAAAGUUCCAUGAAAGUGAUUUUUUCAGCGAUUAUUCGUGGCUUUUUUUGGGAUUUUAGUAAGGAAAUUCAAGAAAUCGCCGAUCCUGUCGUGGAUGCAGCAGUUGAAGUUUAUUUGCGAAUUGAAACUGAUUUAUUGCCCACCCCAGAUAAAUCUCACUAUGUGUUUAAUUUACGAGAUUUAUCAAAGUGUGUUCAAGGAAUUUUGCAAGCAGAUUCUGGGACAAUGCGAGAACAAGUUUUAAUCAAACGAUUGUUUUACCAUGAAUGUCUUCGAGUAUAUGGAGAUCGUUUAAUAAAUAUGGAAGAUAAAAGUUAUUUUUACCAUUUACUAGAGGCAGUUUCUUUUAAAUACUUUGGAGACAAAGUUUUAGAAUUACCAGAUCAAAAAAUUUUAGAAAAAACACCAAUGCUAUUAUUUGGUGAUUUUAUAAAUACAACUAUAGCGAAAGAAGAACGUUUAUACGAAGAGAUUACUAGUAUGGAAAAGUUACAAAAUUGUCUUACCGAAUAUUUGGAAGAUUAUAAUUUGUCAGCUUCCAAACAAAUGAAUUUAAACUUUUUCCAAGAUGCCUUAGAGCAUACAACAAUCAUAGCACGUAUCUUGAGAGCAGAACGUGGCAACGCUUUAUUAGUUGGCGUUGGUGGAAUGGGAAAACAAAGUUUAACACGUUUAGCAUCCCACGUGAAUAUGUGUAAAGUGAUUCAAAUUGAAUUAUCACGUAAUUACGAUCACGGAUCAUUUUUUGAAGACUUACGUGGCAUGUAUUAUGUGGCAGGUGUAAAAAAUUUAAAUACAACGUUUAUAUUUACUGAUACCCAAAUUUUGCAAGAGGAAUUUUUGGAAGAUGUGAAUAAUAUAUUAAAUUCUGGAGAUGUACCAAAUUUAUUUACCGGAGAUGAUUACGAAAAAGUUAUGACUGGUAUUUUGGAACCGGCAAAAAAAUCUGGACAUAGUGGCAGCCGCGAUGCAAUGUAUGAUUUUUUUAUUGGGCGUGUUCGAUCCAAUUUACAUUUAGCAUUGUGCAUGAGUCCUGUGGGUGAUGCAUUUCGACGACGUUGUAGAAUGUUUCCAUCGUUGGUCAAUUGUUGUACCAUUGAUUGGUUUACAAAGUGGCCAGCAGCUGCAUUGUUAUCAGUGGCAACUGAUAAUCUAAAAGGUGUUACAGAAGACGAAAAUGUUCAGGAAAAAUUAGCAAAAAUUUGUGUUACAAUUCAUGAAAGUGUUGAAACAAUGACACAAAGAUUUUUUGUAGAAAUGCGAAGGUACUUUUAUACUACACCAAGCAGUUAUUUAGAGUUAUUGAAAUUAUAUCGAAAAAUGUUAUCAGACAAACACGAAGAUAUUGUUCAACGUAGGGAACGUAUUGCGAAUGGUCUUAAGAAACUUUAUGAAACUAAUAAUGUUGUUGACUCAAUGAAAGCUGAGCUUGUUGCAAUGGAACCAUCGUUAAAAGCUAAAAAUAGAGAUGUAGCAGAACUUGUUGAUUAUGUAUCGAGACGACAAGCUGAAGCUGAUAAAGUGCGUGCAGUGGUGCUUGAAGAUGAAGCAGCAGCUAAAAUUAAAGCUGAAUCGUGUCAAAAACUAGCUGAAGAAGCUGCAAAAGACCUUGAGAGAGCAAUGCCGGCUAUGCGAGCUGCAGAAAAAGCAGUGACAGAUUUGAAAAAAGAAGCAAUAAAUGAAUUGAAAGUACUGCAAAAGCCACCGGAAAAUGUAAAAUGGGUAAUGGAGCCCGUUUGUAUCCUGUUUGGUUCAAAAACUGAUUGGGAUUCAGCAAGAAAGCUGAUGGGUGAUAAUUUCUUAUACAGGUUACAACACUAUGAUAGAAAUAAUAUUCCUGAAUCAAUGUUAAAGAAAUUAGUUCCCUACUUAACACAUCCAAAUUUUAAGGAAGAAUAUGUGGCAGCCUCAUCUAAAGUAUGUGAAACUAUGGUUGUAUGGGUGAAAGCAAUUGACGUCUAUGCGAAAAUUUAUAAAGAAGUGAAACCAAAAAUAAUCAAGCGAGAAGAAGCAGACAAAGAGUAUAAAGAAGUAAUGACAGUAUUAAAAGCUAAACAAGCGAUGUUAGCCGAAGUUGAAGCUAAAAUUGCAGAUUUACAAGAUCAGUAUAAAAGAACUUUAUCUGAAUUUAAAGAAUUGCAAAAUAUGAUGAAUAUAACAGCAGGUCGUCUUAAUAGGGCUGGACGAUUAACUUCAGCUUUGGGUGAUGAACAGCUACGUUGGGAAAAAGCUGUCGAGAAUUUUGGUGUUCUGUUAAUAAAUUUAAUUGGCGACAUUUUAAUAGCCGCAGCAUCUGUAGCCUAUUUAGGAGCUUUCACUUUGAAUUACAGAGUAGAACUUGUAACAGCAUGGCUAAAAUUGCUAAAAGCAUUGCAAAUUGAUUCAUCUGAAACAUUUAAUCUAAUAACAGUAUUAGCAGAUCCUUAUGAAAUACGAGUUUGGAAUACAUGUACGUUACCCAGUGAUAAUAUGUCCAUUGAAAAUGCAAUUUUUGUCACGCGAGCAGGUCGUUGGCCGUUAAUGAUUGAUCCUCAAGAACAGGCAAACAGAUGGAUUCGUUCAUUGGAACAAGCAAAUGGAUUAAAAAUAACAAAAUUAACUGAUCCAAAUUUUAUGAGAAUUCUCGAAUCAUCAAUACGUAUUGGAGUUCCUGUAUUAUUAGAAGAAGUUGGUGAAACACUUGAUCCAACACUUGCACCUAUAUUGGCGAAGCAAAUUACUUUAGUGGGUGGUAGAUUAAUGAUACAUUUAGGUGACACUGAUAUUGAAUACGAAAAAAGUUUUAAAUUUUAUAUAACAACCAAAUUACCAAAUCCACACUACAUGCCAGAAGUUUGUAUUCAAGUGACAUUAGUUAAUUUCACUGUUACGCCAUCAGGCCUGGAGGAACAAUUAUUGGGAGAUGUAGUGCGGCUUGAACGUCCAGAUUUGGAACAAAUGAGAACUGAAUGUAUUGUUCGAAUUAAUGAAGAUAAAAAUCAAUUGACUAAUAUUGAAGACAAAAUAUUGAAACUGUUAUUCAACUCGACGGGAAAUAUCUUAGACGACGAAGAGUUGAUUAACACUCUAAACGAAAGUAAAGAAACUUCAGCUGUUAUUGCUUCUCGAUUAAUUGAAGCUGAAGAAACAGAAGUAAAUAUAUCAGUAGCUAGGGAAAAAUACCGUACCGUAGCAACAAGAGGUUCAAUUUUAUUCUUUGUUGUAUCUCAAUUGGCGGAAAUCGAUCCUAUGUAUCAGUAUUCAUUAAAAUAUUUUAACAAUCUAUUUAAUAACACAAUUGAAAUUAGUGAAAAAAAUGAAGAUUUACCCACAAGAUUACAAAUAUUAUAUCGUGAAUUAACGUUAGCUGUAUAUACGAACAUUUCACGUGGAUUAUUUGAAAGGCAUAAACUGGUUUUUAGUUUUCUAUUAUGUGUAAAUGUAUUAAUGAAUGCUGGAGAAAUAUCUGCCGCCAAAUGGAGCUAUUUAAUAAAUGGCCCUUUGGGUGCAAAAGCAUCCAAACCAAAACCAAAUGUGGCAACUUUAUCCGAUCAAGUAUGGACAUCAGUAUUAUAUUUAGAAGAAGUAUUUUCCGAUAUUUUUAGUGGUAUUGAAGCAGAUUGCUUAUCAAAGAUUACAGUCAACAUUGGUGAUUAUAUGCAGCCAAUUUUUUGGGAUUCAUUUGUGAUAUAUGGUAAUGAAACAAAACCUACAAUAGAUUGGGAAAACAAAUUAGAAGCAUUUGAAAAAUUAAUGUUGGUGAGAUGUUUGAAGGAAGAAAAAUUAGUUUUUUGCAUAACAUCGUAUGUAAAAUUCAAAUUGGGCCAAGCUUUUGUUGAAAGUCCUCAAGUAACAUUAAAUUUAUUGUACCAAGAUAUAAAUAACACAACUCCGUUAAUAUUUGUACUGAGCACAGGAUCCGAUCCGUUUGCAGCAUUUCAAAGAUUUGCCGCUGAAAUGGAUUUUACAGAUAAAAUACAAAGUAUUUCAUUAGGGCAAGGACAAGGUCCUGUUGCCGAACGAUUAUUGGAACGUGGUCGUUUGAAAGGAGAAUGGGUAUUCUUACAGAAUUGCCAUUUGGCAACUUCCUGGAUGCUGAAUAUGGAACGUCUAAUUUUAAAAUUAUCCGAACGUGGUACCAAAGUUCAUCAAGAUUUUCGUUUGUAUUUAAGUUCUAUGCCAUUAAAAUCAUUUCCAGUAUCGGUUUUGCAAAAUUCUGUAAAAGUAACAAAUGAACCUCCGAAAGGGUUACGUUCAAAUAUUAAACGAGCAUUUUCUGAAUUAAACGAAGAGGAAUUUGAAUAUCAUCCUUUGGGAAUGGAUUGGAGAAAAAUUGUAUUUGGAAUUAUAUUCUUCCAAGCAGUUAUACAAGAACGGAAAAAAUUUGGACCGCUUGGGUGGAAUAUUGUUUAUGAAUUCACAGAUAAUGAUCGUGAAUGUGCUCUUUUGAAUUUUAAAAUGUUUUGCGCUGGUGGAUAUAUUCCUUGGGAUGCAUUGGAAUAUAUAACGGGCGAAAUUACCUAUGGUGGGCGAGUGACCGAUAAUUGGGAUCAACGUUGUUUAAAAACAAUAUUAAAAAUAUUCUUUUCGAAACCAACUUUGAAGCCCGGUUACAAAUUUUCUCCGUCUGGUAUUUAUUAUUGUCCCGAAGAAGUAAAAUUAUCCAAAUUUAAAGAGUACAUUGAUAAUCUACCAUUAAUUGAACAGCCGGAAAUAUUUGGAAUGCAUGAAAAUGCAAAUGUUGCCUACCAAACUAAAGAAACGGGUGACAUUCUGACUACAAUACGUCAUUCGCAACCUCGCACUGAAGAGACAGGUGAAGGCAAAUCAGCCAAUGAAAUUGUGAUUGAACUAGCCAUAAUGAUUGAGAAAAGUAUUAUUACAAAAAUUAUGAUGGACGAUGUUUACCCUCCAAUGUUUGAGAGGGAUAAGGAAGGUCGAUUACCAUCAUUAACUACAGUUCUGACUCAAGAAAUUGAUCGUUUUAAUAAAUUACUGAAACUUAUUCAUAGCUCAUUAGAUAUGCUUAAAAAAGCGAUUAAAGGAUUCGUAGUAAUGUCUGAAGAAUUAGAAAGUAUGUUUGUGGCUAUGUUACAUAAUCAAGUACCAGGUUUAUGGGCAAAAAAAGCUUAUCCAUCUUUAAAAAUUUUGGGGAGUUGGGUGAUUGACUUGCAAUUACGAUUGGAUUUCAUUUUACGCUGGCUUGAAGUUGGGAUGCCUCCAUCAAUUUGGAUAAGUGGUUUUUUUUUCCCACAAGGAUUUCUUACUGGAUGUUUGCAAACACAUGCCCGUAAAUACAAUUUGCCAAUCGAUUCCUUAUUAUUUGAUUUUACGAUGACAAAUAUUUAUAUUGAUCAGGCAGACAUAAAGGCAUUUAAUGAUAAAGAAGGGAAGAAUGUUGCUGAAAUUUUUGAAAAUCUUCCCGUAGUAAAAGAUGGUGCUAUCGUACAUGGAUUAUUUGUCGAUGCAGCUAGAUUUGAUACUGAUAGAAUGCUUUUGGUUGAUCCAAAUCCAGGAGAAAUGAAUCCACCAUUACCAGCAAUGUGUUUAACACCAUGCACAAAAUUACCAGAAGAUGAUCCACGUUAUAAUGCACCAUUGUAUAAAACAUCAAUACGAGCUGGAGUUCUUUCAACAACCGGACAUAGUACAAAUUUCGUUAUUUCGGUUUUACUACCGGCUAGUGAACCACAAAGCUAUUGGAUUAUUAGAGGAACGGCUCUUUUAACUCAAUUAACUAAUUAA